GUGUGGGGGGACGGUCCUGCUCAGAUCCUCUUCGGGUGGCCUGGGUCUGCUCCGUUCCUGGUGUGACUUCUCUCAAGAUGCCUGAGCCAGGGAAGAAGCCAGUCUCAGCCUUCAGCAAGAAGCCGAGGUCAGCAGAGGUGGCCACCGGAAACCCUGCCGUGUUCGAGGCUGAGACAGAGCGGUCAGGAGUAAAGGUGCGCUGGCAGCGAGGGGGCAGUGACAUCAGCGCCAGCGACAAGUACAGCCUGACCGCCGAGGGCACGAGGCACACUCUGACUGUGCGGGACGUGGGCCCUGCCGACCAGGGGUCCUAUGCAGUCAUCGCCGGCUCGUCCAAGGUCAAGUUUGACCUCAAGGUCAAAGAGGCAGAGAAAGCAGCGCCUGCACCGAGCCCUGCUCCUGCUCCUGCCCCUGCUGAGGCUCCUGGGGCCCCCGGAGAAGCCCUGGCCUCAGCCACUGAGGAGAGAGGAGGCUCCCCGAGUCCCGAAGGGUCAAGCUCAGCUGUCCCUGAUGCCUCCGGUGCCCCUGAUGACCCCAUCGGCCUCUUUGUGAUGAGGCCACAGGAUGGCGAGGUGACCGCAGGUGGCAGCAUCACCUUCUCGGCACGUGUGGCCGGAGCCAGCCUCCUGAAGCCGCCCACGGUGAAGUGGUUCAAAGGCAAGUGGGUGGACCUGAGCAGCAAAACGGGUCAGCACCUGCAGCUUCACAGUAGCUACGACCGCGCCAGCAAGGUCUACCUGUUUGAGCUGCACAUUACAGAUGCCCAGGCUACCUUUGCAGGCGGCUACCGCUGUGAGGUGUCCACCAAGGACAAAUUUGACAGCUGCAACUUCAAUCUCACUGUCCAUGAGGCCGUUGGUCCUGGAGAACUGGACCUCCGAUCAGCCUUCCGUCGCACGAGCCUGGCAGGAAGUGGUCGGCGGAUCAGUGACAGCCACGAGGACACUGGAACUCUGGACUUCAGCUCACUGCUGAAGAAGAGAGACAGUUUCCGGAGGGACUCAAGGCUGGAGGCCCCAGCUGAGGAAGACGUGUGGGAGAUCCUGCGGCAGGCGCCCCCGUCGGAGUACGAGCGCAUCGCCUUCCAGCACGGGGUCACUGACCUGCGGGGCAUGCUCAAGAGGCUGAAGGGCAUGAAGCGGGAUGAGAAGAAGAGCACAGCCUUUCAGAAGAAGCUGGAGCCGGCCUACCAGGUGAGCAAGGGCCACAAGAUCCGGCUGACCGUGGAGCUGGCCGACCCCGACGCCGAGGUCAAGUGGCUGAAGAAUGGACAAGAGAUCCAGAUGAGCGGCAGCAAGUACAUCUUCGAGUCUGUGGGGGCCAAGCGCACGCUGACCAUCAGCCAGUGCUCGCUGGCGGACGACGCGGCCUACCAGUGCGUGGUGGGCGGGGAGAAGUGCAGCACCGAGCUCUUUGUCAAAGAGCCCCCCGUGCUGAUCACUCGGCCCCUGGAAGACCAGCUGGUGAUGGUGGGACAGCGGGUGGAGUUUGAGUGCGAAGUGUCCGAGGAGGGGGCCCAGGUCAAAUGGCUGAAGGAUGGGGUGGAGCUGACCCGGGAGGAGACCUUCAAAUACCGGUUCAAGAAGGACGGCCGGAGACACCACCUGAUCAUCAAUGAGGCGACGCUGGAGGAUGCCGGGCACUACACGCUGCGCACCAGCGGGGGCCAGGCGCUGGCCGAGCUCAUCGUGCAGGAGAAAAAGCUAGAGGUGUACCAGAGCAUCGCGGACCUGACGGUGGGCGCAAAGGACCAGGCAGUGUUUAAGUGUGAGGUGUCUGACGAGAACGUGCGGGGCGUGUGGCUGAAGAACGGGAAGGAGCUGGUCCCCGACAGCCGCAUCAAGGUGUCCCACAUCGGGCGGGUCCACAAACUGACCAUUGAUGACGUCACACCUGCGGACGAGGCUGACUACAGCUUUGUGCCUGAGGGCUUUGCCUGCAACCUGUCGGCCAAGCUCCAUUUCAUGGAGGUCAAGAUCGACUUCGUGCCCAGGCAAGAACCUCCCAAGAUCCACCUGGACUGCCCGGGCCGCAAGCCAGAUACCAUUGUGGUUGUGGCUGGGAACAAGCUACGCCUGGAUGUCCCUAUCUCCGGGGACCCGGCUCCCACCGUGAUUUGGCAGAAGAGCAUCCCACAGAAAAACAAGGUCCCGGCAGGGCCAGCCCCUGACGCCACAGGGGAUGCUGGUGCCAGUGACGAGUGGGUGUUUGACAAGAAGCCAUUGCAGACGCUGUCAAAGCCUGCGGGGUCCGACUGGGGCCCUUUUCCCCAAGUUCCCCUCCCCCCACAGCUGCUGUGUGAGACCGAGGGCCGGGUCCGCGUGGAGACCACCAAGGACCGCAGCAUCUUCACUGUCGAGGGGGCAGAGAAGGAAGACGAGGGUGUUUACACUGUCACGGUGAAGAACCCUGUGGGCGAGGACCAGGUCAAUCUCACAGUCAAGGUCAUCGAUGUGCCAGAUGCCCCUGCGGCCCCCAAGAUCAGCAACGUGGGUGAGGACUCCUGCACGGUGCAAUGGGAGCCCCCUGCCUACGAUGGAGGCCAGCCCAUCCUGGGCUACAUCCUGGAGCGCAAGAAGAAGAAGAGCUACCGGUGGAUGCGGCUGAACUUUGACCUGCUGCGAGAGCUCAGCCACGAGGCCCGGCGCAUGAUCGAGGGCGUCGUGUAUGAGAUGAGAGUCUACGCGGUCAACGCUAUCGGCAUGUCCAGGCCCAGCCCAGCCUCCCAGCCCUUCAUGCCGAUUGGCCCCCCGAGCGAGCCCACCCACCUGGCGGUGGAGGAUGUGUCGGACACCACCGUCUCCCUCAAGUGGCGGCCGCCGGAGCGCGUGGGAGCGGGCGGCCUGGACGGCUACAGCGUGGAGUACUGCCGCGAGGGCUGCUCCGAGUGGACGGCCGCCCUGCAGGGGCUGACGGAGCGCACCUCGAUGCUGGUGAAGGACCUGCCCACCGGCGCACGGCUGCUCUUCCGUGUGCGCGCCCACAACAUGGCCGGGCCCGGAGCGCCCGUGGCCACCAAGGAGGCCGUGACGGUGCAAGAGAUACUGCAGCGGCCACGGCUCCAGUUGCCCAGGCACCUGCGCCAGACCAUCCAGAGGAAGGUUGGGGAGCCCGUGAAUCUCCUCAUUCCUUUCCAGGGCAAGCCCCGGCCUCAGGUGACCUGGACCAAAGAGGGGCAGCCCCUGGCAGGUGAGGAGGUCAGCAUCCGCAACAGCGCCACAGACACCAUCCUGUUCAUCCGGGCUGCCUGCCGUGCCCACUCUGGAACCUACCAGGUGACGCUGCGAAUCGAGAACAUGGAGGACAAGGCCACGCUGGUCCUGCAGAUUGUUGACAAGCCAAGCCCUCCCCAGGACAUUCGGGUCGUGGAAGCGUGGGGUUUCAACGUGGCUCUGGAGUGGACACCACCCCAGGAUGAUGGCAACACAGAGAUCUGGGGUUACACAGUACAGAAAGCCGACAAGAAGACCAUGGAAUGGUUCACUGUCUUGGAACAUUACCGCCGCACUCACUGCGUGGUUUCAGAGCUCAUCAUUGGCAACGGCUACUACUUCCGGGUCUUCAGCCAUAACAUGGUGGGACCCAGUGACAAAGCCGCCACCACUAAGGAGCCUGUCUUUAUCCCCAAACCAGGCAUCACAUAUGAGCCACCCAACUAUAAGGCCCUGGACUUCUCUGAGGCCCCGAGCUUCACCCGCCCCCUGGUGAACCGCUCAGUCAUCGCCGGCUACAACGCUAUCCUCUGCUGUGCCGUCCGGGGUAGCCCCAAGCCCAAGAUUUCCUGGUUCAAGAAUGGCCUGGAUCUGGGGGAGGACGCCCGCUUCCGCAUGUUCAGCAAGCAGGGAGUGUUGACGCUGGAGAUUAGAAAGCCCUGCCCCUUCGAUGGGGGCAUCUAUGUCUGUAGAGCCACCAACUUACAAGGCGAGGCACAGUGUGAGUGCCGCCUAGAAGUACGAGUGCCUCAGUGACCAACUGGCUCCCCAGAGGCCAGGCGCCGAGGGAUGCCGGCCGGUGUCCCGGGAGCCUGGAAGGACGCUGCCCAAGCCGCCUUCCCACUGUUGGCUGUGUGUGCACGAGUGUGUAUCCGGGGCUGGGCUGGGAGAGCGUCACUGGGGCGGCGCCAGGAAGAUGAGCAGGGGGUGCUCCGCACAGACCGAACCGCCUGAGCUCCCCCCGGAAGUUCUCAGGUCUUUGGAACAAAAAGUUGGUGGGCUCAGGAAAUGGUAGUUGGGGACAGGCCUUUCUGGCCUGCCACAUCUUCUCGGUGGAGAAGGGCAAUAAAAGAUGAGUGCAGUCACA